UAGUUUCCAGGUCUGCUCAGCUCGGGGACUUCCGGCGGACGCAGCCAUCUUUCCUUUCUGACCUUGGGUUCAGUCUGGCCGUAGUUGGUGGUCUGGUUCGUGCAGUCAUGUCGUUCUUGACGCCGGGGCUGCUGAGGGGUCUGACAGGCCCGGCCCGGAGGCUCCCCGUGCCGCGUGCCCAGAUCCAUUCCAAGCCACCGCGGGAGCAGCUCGGGACCAUGGAUGUCGUCGUUGGGCUUACCACCUGCUUCCUGUGUUUCCUUCUGCCAUCGGGCUGGGUCCUGUCACACCUGAAGAGCUACAAGAAGCAGGAGUGAAGGGGGCUGUCCUCUCCCUUCCCUGUAACCUGACCACCCUGCCCAACCCAUCCAGAUCAUGUCUCCAGCAUUCCAGGCGGGCCUACUCUGAUCAUGUUGUUCAAUUCCAGUCACCUCUUCUGCAAUCAUGACCUCUCAAUAUCUCCAUGGUGACAUCUGGGACCACAUACAUUGGCCCUGCUCGGUGGGGUCCCUCUUGUAACAAUAAAGUCUAUUUAAACCUUGGUUCAGAAACUCA